AUGCCGGCUCUCCCGGCCCGCGACUGGCCGCCCUUCUCCCGCCAAGAGCUCCUCGAUGCCCUCCACGCCACCAACUCCCGGUCUGCCCCCGGCUGGGACCACAUCACGUGGAAAUUCCUCAAGUGGGUCCUUGCCACCCGUACUAAAGGCCACGAGGCCAUCCUCGUCGGCUUUGUCCGCCUCUUCAACGCGAUCUUUUCACACGGCGUCUGGCCGGCGCCUUUCCGUCGUGCCGUCUCCGUCCUCCUUCCUAAACCGAAUAAGACUGAUUACACCCUUCUGAAAUCUUACAGGCCCAUCGUUCUCCUCUCCACUAUUGCUAAGUGGAUGGAGAAAGUGGUAAACAAUCGUUUCACUUUUG